GCCUCACCGAAGUCCCGCUGUGGAAUUUGCCACAAAUAGCGAGACGUCGUCACCGUCGGUUGUUUUUCCUUUCGCUUUGGUGACGCGCGACACGAGGACCGGUCGGACCGGUCGGUCCGGGCGACGGAUACCGCUGCCGACGAUCGGCGCGUCCGCAUUCCGCUUCGUCCGCCGUCGCUUCGUCGUUUUUCAAAUGCCAGUUAUUUCUGAUGUCUCGAUGUUUUCAUUGGGCGGUUCGCACGUCGCAGCGUCUCGGUUCUGGGUUUGAAUCUCGGCUGCCCGCCUGCCCGUGUGGCAUUUGCGCUCCUUUUCUUGCGUGGGGUUUUGCAUUCUCAGCGCUUCGCCGAAGGCGCUCAAUUGUCCGCAAGCGCCGACGUUCGUUUGUCUACAUGGGCCGCUGCUCCGUUGCAUAGUUGUUCAAAUCUCCGAAUGAAUGUUUUCGUCUUACUCUUCGCUCGGGUGACAUUUGACUCGUACACAAAACAUGGGCCGGGAUGGCCUCCAGUCCGAGCCCGAGGGCCAAAAACGCUUACGUCGCGAAUGGAUGGGUGGAUUAGAUAGGCCGUAACAAAGUGUGAAAUUUGGUACAAGUGGGUUCGAAAUCCUUGACAGUGUGAACCGAUGAGUCGUCGACAGAAGGUUGCCCAAAAAUAUUGAACUGAGGAAAAGACCACACCGGCCGGGACAUCGGUGGCCCCUUGAGGCCUCGUCGCUUUGAACCUUUUGACCUCUCCGUCUUUGGUCAGUUCGGGGCCCACAUUUGACCUCAAGUGGGCCGGACCACUUCAUUCAUUUCACAAGCUAUAAAUAACAACUACUGUAUUCCAAAAUGUUACCCUUUGUUUUGCCGCAAAUAAUUACAAGCACAUUCAGAAAAUAUCUCAAUUUGUAAACAUAAACUAUUGUCAUUUGAAAAGAUAAGGAAUCCCUUUUUUUUUCUUUUCAACAUCUUGCAGAUCAAAAUUGAUGUACAAUUUGAAUAGUAUGUACCUUUUACAAAACAACGUGAAGAUCUACAAAUCAUUUUAAAUGUGCAUAAAUAUCCAUAUUCAUCUGCAAAUCCUGACAAACUCAACUGACGCAUCACAACAUGCAAACCUUUCAGACUACGAAAGGAGUCAAAUCAGGAGUAGCAGCUCAAGUCAGGAUGAGAUGCCAUUUCAGUGGUAAGUGGUUGUCAGUGCGCCCUCCGGUGGUCACAAAUGAACAACAGUCGUGGUCUCUUUUCCCCAGUUUUUUUGUUUUUUUGUGCAGAAAAGUCUCAGCUUUUUCGUUGCCUCUGACUAUUUACAUUCUUAGAAUACUAUCAAAUGAAUGUAUUACAUAUUGAAAUGUUUUUCACUCGAUUUGAUUUCAUUCCCAUUUGCGUGACUUCCGCUUCAUUUGAUUCUCAAAGUGGGAUGCGCGCCCCCUCUGGCGGGCCGUGACGGAAUGACGGGCGAGAACUGAGAACGAGCGCCCCUCGACUUUUCUCAAGUGACGUCACGAUGUGCUUUUCAAGAGAAUGUGAACAGCACGAAUCCAAUUUAACUGCUCCUCGAACAAUAGCAGUGUAAUACAUCGACAUCAUAUUAUUCCAAACAUGAUGACAUGUCCUACCGUCCUACACUUUUCAGGACGCACUUUUUGCCAACGCGCGCGUCUGAGACCUACUGUCUUUUUGAUUUUGGUUUGUUGUGUGAGACGUCUUGUCAACGAAAAGCGAUCCUUUCUCGUGACGUAACAGCAACAGGACGUCGUUAUCAGGAAGUAAGGUGCAGAAGCCCGGGAGAAUCUCUCACCGGUUGUCGCGCUAGUCAGGCUACGACCGACCGACUUUUCCAUCUUUUGCUCGGGCUGCGCGUUCGGAGCAGUCGCAGGCCUGCCGUACCUACCUACCUCCCUCCGUCCGGUGAGCCAUGAGCUGAAAGGACUUGAGCGGCGCCUGGAAUACGUUGACUUCCGCACCGAUGGAGGCCAUGGAGGUGGACUCCCUCCAGCGCAGCGCAGGCGGCCCUCCCGUCGUCCUCGCUGCAUCUCUCAUCGUCUCCGACUCGGGCAGCAGCACCGAAGUGGACGAGGACGACGGCACGGGCGGCGGCGAGGGGGGAGCGCGGGCCGUGUUCUUGCCCAGACUUCCCGCCACCUGGGCUUUCAGUCAGAGGAGUACGGGCCGAGGGGGCGCCGCCGUCGCCACACAGUCGCCGCCCCCGCGGAGGCGGGUCAGACAGGGCUUCCGGGUGCACUACUCCAGCCAGACCGCCGCGUCCUCCAGAGCCUUCCCCGACUUCCUGCUGCGAGCGCCCGCCGCCGCUGCCGGGGCCGAGCCGACGUCCAGCAGCACAGAGUCCAGCGAGUCUGACGAGGAAGAGCUGGGUGAGGUGGCGCCGGCCGCCGUCCAUCCAGCCCUACCCGCCCUGCCCGCUCACCCUCGCCUUGACAGCUCCGAUGAGAGCGCAGGGGCGCCGCAAGCUGCCGCCACGCCCCCUCCUGCAGACGUCCAACGAGAGGAAGAAGUAGGAGGAGGUAAUGGAUGUUCUGGUGUACAGCGUCGUCGUCUGAGUUUCCAGCCGCCCGCUGCGCCGGCGUCCCAGAGCGAGGAGGGCGAGGGCGACACGUGCAGCAUCUGCUUCGAGGCGUGGACGGCAGCGGGCGACCAUCGCAUCGCCGCCCUGCGCUGCGGACAUCUUUUCGGAUUCACCUGCAUCCAGAGAUGGCUGACCUCUCAGCGCUCUGCUGCCAAAUGUCCGCAGUGCAACAAGAAGGCGAAGCGCUCAGACAUCUUGCUGCUGUACGCCCCCAAGCUGAGAGUCAUGGACAACAGCGAGCACGAGAGCCUCAAGAGGUCUCUGGAGGAGGAGCAGUCUCUGAGGAGGAAGGCCGAGCUGGAAUCGGCUCAGUACAAACUCAAACUUCAGGUGAUCACCAACAAGUUUGGUCAAGCUCAACAGGAACUGCAGGAGAUGAAAGCUAAGAUGGUUCAAGCUGGCGGGAGCUCAGCUGCCGCCUCCCCGCCUCGGUGGUUUCCCAGGUCCCACUUGGUGGCGCCGUACAGCUUCUACGAUGCGGUGAUUGUGUCGCCCAACGGAGGCUGCCGAGUUUUGGCCCACUGUGAAUCGCUCAACUGUCUGCUGGCCUCGCAGCCUUCAGCUCACACCGCACUCCUGCCUGGCUACGGUGUGAAGAAGGUGAGCCUGGCCCACAUCAGGUCCAGUCAGUACGUUCCCAUCCAUGGGGCUCAGAUCCGAGGUUUGUGCUUCAACCGGCAGAACGACGGACUGCUGCUGUCCGCCUCUCUGGACAGCACCCUCAAACUCACAAGCCUGCUGGCCAACACUGUGGUCCAGACGUACAACGCGGGGAAGCCGGUGUGGAGCUGCUGCUGGUGCGUGGACGACCCCAACUACGUCUACGCGGGGCUCAGCAACGGCUCCGUUCUGCUCUACGACGUCAGAGACACCAGUGCCCACGUGCAGGAGCUCCAGCCGCUGCGCUCCAGGGCGCCGGUGGCUUCGCUGUGCUACAUCCCUCGCGCGGCGUCCAGUUCGUUCCCGUGCGGCGGACUGAUCGCCGGCACGCUGGAGGGCGGCUACUUCUGGGAGCACGUCGGCGAGAGCACGUACAAGCCGCACGUCUUGCCGCUGGAGGCGGGAAGCUGCACCGACAUCCAGGUGGAGACUGAGAGCCGACACUGCCUGGUCACGUACCGAGCCGGCCGCGGUCACCCGACGGUGCGCUGCGUCCUGAUGGCGCUGACGCGGACCCCGCAGCAGGAUGCCGGCGAGCCGCCCGGCUGCUCCUGCUCGCCCGUCCAGACCUUCAGCGCCGGCUCGUCCUGCAAACUCCUCACCAAGAACGCCAUCUUUGCCGGCCCGCACGGAGGCGGAGCUCUGGUGUGCGCCGGAGACGAGGCGUCGCAAUCGACCAUGGUGUGGGAGGUGUCCAGCGGCGCACUCCUGCAGAAGCUUCCGGCCGACCUGCCCGUGCUGGACAUCUCUCCGUUCACGGUGAAUGGCGAGCACUUCCUGGCCUCGCUGACGGAGAAGAUGCUAAAGCUCUACAAGUGGAAGUGAACGAGCGCAAAGACUCCGACGAAGCGCUAAAACCAAAAGUGGACGCGAGGCGGCGCCAGGUAGACUCUGAUCAUCAUGUUAGCCGUUCGUUCUCCCCCACUUUUUAUGGACGGUACUGCACAUCUGGAUAUGAAAUCCUCGAAUUUUUUAAUGGGAGGAAGGAAAGAGAAGGUUUCAGGGUCUUUCAACAGACGCCUCAUGUCCGAGCGGCCUUGGACUCAGCACCAGCCUAAAGUGGUCAUCAGUGGUUUGUACAGCAAGCCACCCUUACAAAACUUUUCAUGUCUUCAAAUGUUGUCUAUGUGCACGAUGUCUGUACCAUGAUGUACGAUUGUUUUAUACGUGUCAUUUCAUUGUUUCUCGAGCAAGUGAAUAAAAAAAAAAAAGAUA